AUGCUGGCAGUUAGGAUUUUAGGAGGCGUAUACCUCUCUUCGAUAGAACCCUUGAAUAAUCAAGAAGACUUGAAGAAAGAAUAUGGGAUUAGCGAUAUUCUAUCAGUUAUACCAGGUGACAUAAAGGAACAGUACAAGACAGCAUAUAAAUGGAAACAGAUUGCAAUAACCGACGAAGAAACCACAAACCUUUUACCUCACCUUGAUGAAACAUUUGAGUUUAUUGACCAUGCCGCAUCGCAAGGCAGGAAAGUGCUAGUACAUUGCUCCCAGGGAGUAUCGCGGUCUGUAGCUGUGAUAAUGGCAUACCUCAUGAAGAAACACAAGUUGACCGUGGAACAGACCCUCCACGCUGUCCAACGAAAGUCACCCGAAGCAUCUCCCAACCCGGCAUUCAUGGAACAACUUAAGCUAUACGAGUCCAUGAAUUGUAAGUUGGAUUUGGAUAAUGAGACAUAUAAAGAGUAUUUAAAAUCGUUAUCGCUCAAAAUUGACCCCACUGGCUCUGCAUUGCGCGAAGCAACCAUGAACAAGGUAUUUGUGGAUCCAGACGCUGCAGUGAACAAAAGUACCUAUACAUUGCGAUGCAGAAAGUGCCGACAAGUCUUGGCUACAGAAUCAGAAAUCGAAGAGCACCAACCACCAGAGGCAGAGUCUCGACAAUCGAAAUUUAUUAAAACCGCACCUAACUCAAGGAGGAUCAUCUCUGUUGAAGAAGCAAGCAAUGACUGCUCUCAUUAUUUCUUUAGCGAGCCAGUAAACUGGAUGAGAAAUGAGUUGGAAAAGGGGGAAAUAGAGGGCAAGUUCCAAUGUCCAAAAUGUACGACAAAAGUAGGGGGAUACAGUUGGAAAGGUUCUAGAUGCUCAUGCGGUAAAUGGAUGAUCCCUGCAUUGCACUUACAAAAUGCUAAGCUAGACAAAAUUUUGCGCCCAACAUAG